CCCCGCCCCGGCCGCGCCCCCCGCCGCGGACUACAGCUCCCAGCCGGGCCGGGCCGGGCCGGGCCGCGCCGGGCGCCAUGAACGCCGUGCUGGCCGUCAAGCAGUACGUGUCCAGGAUGAUCGAGGACAGCGGGCCCGGCAUGAAGGUGCUGCUCAUGGACCGGGAGACGACCGGCGUGGUCAGCAUGGUGUACACGCAGUCCGAGAUCCUGCAGAAGGAGGUGUACCUCUUCGAGCGCAUCGACUCCGCGCACCGGGAGCCCAUGAAGCACCUCAAGGCCAUCUGCUUCCUGCGGCCCACCAAGGAGAACGUGGAGUUCCUCAUCCAGGAGCUGCGGAGGCCCAAGUACAGCAUCUACUUUGUCUAUUUCAGUAACGUGAUCAGUAAGAGUGAUGUCAAGUCAUUAGCUGAAGCUGAUGAACAGGAAGUUGUGGCUGAAGUUCAGGAGUUCUAUGGCGAUUACAUUGCAGUGAACCCACACGUUUUUUCUCUCAACCUCUUGGGCUGCUGCCAGGGUCGCAACUGGGAUCCGGCUCAGCUGUCCAGGACAACUCAAGGGCUGACUGCUCUGCUUUUGUCUCUGAAGAAAUGCCCCAUGAUCCGGUACCAGCUCUCUUCCGAGCCAGCAAAAAGGCUUGCUGAAUGCGUGAAGCAAGUGAUCACUAAAGAGUACGAGCUGUUUGACUUUCGGCGCACUGAGGUUCCUCCUUUACUUCUCCUUCUGGACCGGUCUGAUGACGCCAUCACCCCGCUUCUGAACCAGUGGACGUACCAGGCUAUGGUUCACGAAUUGCUGGGGAUUAACAACAACCGCAUCGACCUCUCCCGGGUACCGGGGAUAAGCAAGGAUCUCCGAGAGGUGGUCCUGUCCGCCGAGAACGACGAGUUCUAUGCCAACAACAUGUACCUGAACUUUGCAGAGAUUGGCAGUAACAUCAAGAAUCUUAUGGAGGAUUUCCAGAAGAGGAAACCUAAGGAGCAGCAAAAGCUGGAAUCUAUAGCGGACAUGAAGGCAUUUGUGGAGAAUUACCCGCAGUUCAAGAAGAUGUCGGGCACGGUAUCGAAGCAUGUGACGGUAGUGGGAGAGCUCUCUCGACUGGUUGGGGAGCGGAACCUGCUGGAGGUGUCUGAGGUGGAGCAGGAACUGGCCUGCCAGAACGACCAUUCCAGUGCUCUGCAGAACGUGCGGCGCCUGCUGCAGAACCCCAAGGUGACGGAGUUUGACGCUGCCCGGCUGGUGAUGCUUUAUGCCCUGCACUACGAGCGGCACAGCAGCAACAGCCUGCCAGGGCUGAUGACCGAUCUCAAGAACAGGGGUGUGUCAGAGAAAUACCGAAAGCUAGUGUCUGCUGUUGUGGAGUAUGGAGGGAAGAGGGUCCGGGGCAGUGACCUGUUCGGUCCCAAGGAUGCUGUAGCCAUCACCAAACAGUUCCUCAAAGGACUGAAGGGUGUUGAGAACGUGUAUACACAACACCAGCCUCUCCUUCAAGAAACACUAGAUCAGCUCAUCAAGGGAAAACUCAAGGACAGCCAGUACCCCUACCUGGGUGCCAACACUCUCCGUGACAGGCCCCAAGACAUUGUCGUGUUCAUUAUUGGAGGGGCCACCUACGAAGAGGCGCUGACUGUCUAUAACCUUAACCGCACCAACCCGGGGGUCCGGAUCGUCCUCGGUGGGACCACAAUCCACAACACAAAAAGGAGCCAGACGAAUUGGGGCAAAACUGUGGUGGAGUCAAAGUUUUCAGUUGCUUUCCAUUCCUUAAGUUCAUGUUUUGGAAGGUCGUGAACUCACACCAAAAUGCAGAACCCAGAGAGAUCUUAGGCAUCAGGGCAGGGAGAGAAAAGCCAAGAAUAGAAGUACUGGACUUCGAGUUGAAGGAGUCCGGGAGCCUAACAUGGCUGGCAGUGCCUCCUGACUGCUCCCCUUCUCUGGGCUGAAGGUUGGGAAGAAGUGGCUCCGGCUUCCCCGCUUCCUAAAGAAAAUCCAGAGUGAGGGAACCGAUUCCUUGCUGUUGGUGGCUCCGGCUUCCCCGCUUCCUAAAGAAAAUCCAGAGUGAGGGAACAGACUCCUUGCUGUUGGCCAACAGUUUUACCACCAGGUCCAUGGGCAAGCAGCUCUGGUUUUUUCCUGCAGAAGCAAAUGGAUUUCAAAGAAAUUGGAGGAGAAAGGGUUAAAAAGAUCAAUAAUCGGCUAAAAAUGGAAGAGCAAGACCAGGAGGAACAUCUGGUGCGUGGGGCUGACUCAUCCAGAGCACAGGUUAAGCACAAACCUGCUGUGACUAAUCCAAGGGGAUAGCUAGCCUGACCCACUUACCCAGUUUCAGCGAUAGCCCGGCGGUGCCAGGCGCGGCUGCGGUGUGCUUAGCUGGCGCAGACUGGUGAUGGCCACUGGUCACCGGCUACCUGUGCCUCUGCCAGGGGUGUGCAGGAGCGGCCGCGGUUCCUCCCUACCACAGAGGGAGGGUUGGGAGUAGAGUGGAGAGGUUGUUUCGGAUUCUCCUCGUGAUUUGAGAGCUGCACCCCGAGCAGAGGCUUGCCCAGGUGGAGCUGGAGUAGCUGUGACCACUGUGCUAGGUGCUCACUUGGCUCCUGGCAGGACCCUCAGGGUCCUGGCAGGUAACAACAGCCACAGCACGGUGCGUUUUUACUGUGCUCCAGCUCACCCCUCCGGAGUUUGGUUCUUGGGGGAGAUCUUCUCUGCAGGAGAUGCUCAGAGGUGGUCGUGCUGCCCACUUUUAAGACCUUCCUGAGAUAUAAAGGGACAACAUCUCCCUGCGUCUCCCUCUCCACAUGCAGAAACUUUCUCUCCAGAUUGGAAAUAAACAGGAGUCCCCUUUAAAAAUAAAAGCAAGUCAUUCUCUGUUGAGAACUCAGUCUGCCUGACUCUAAUGCCUAAAAAUAAAACUGGAGGAGGGACAGCUCUCGAGCUGUAAUCACAGCGCUGAAUGACCAGAGCGCAAGCAGUGUUCCUGGACACCUCUUGUAAAUCGGGCACCUGCCCUCCCAGACCGCCCAUUUCAAGUGGUGCGGUGUUGAGAUCUGGAAAUUGGUGCAGGCAUUUGCAUGAGGUUGUGUUUUUUUUAAUUAUUUUUUUUUUUUUUAAACCCCUCAAGAUUCACAACCUGGGCAGGUAGACCUAUUUUAGACCUGUUUGAGGGGAAUCAUGUUUUUGUAGGAUUUAUGGUGUAUCCUGAUUUUUC